AUGACUGGCAUUGGUAAGACUACUCUUGCUAAAGCACUGUUCGAAGAUUCAACAAUUGUGGAUCAUUUCGAGUGUCGUGUGUGGGUGACAGUGGGUCCCACAUAUCGAGAUAAAGAAAUUCUACGCAGUAUUCUCGAUCAAGGAAAUCCCGGCACUGAUACAAUGCCAGACGAUGAAUUAGCCGACUAUUUGUCGAAAAGAUUGAAGAAUCGGAUAUGGCUCGUUGUGUUGGAUGAUGUAUGGAACUCGCAGGUCUUGAGCGAUUUGCUUCGAUUAUUACCUGACAAAAGAAAUGGGAAUAGAGUCUUGGUCACAAGUAGAAUACAUGAAGUGGACAAAGGUGGCUAUGGUUUUUGGGGGAUAUAG